AUGGUUCAACUUUUUAUUGGAUUUAAAUAUAUUGCUCAAAAUCGAGACAGUCCUAACCAACCAUGUGAAGCAGUACUUGAUUUAGCAUCACUUAUGGUUAUUUAUGGUUUAUUGGCAGUUGCUUUCUUAAGUACAGCUUAUGGUUUUUUAAAAAUAAUUUCUUCAGUCAGUCUUGUUAGUUUUAUUGUUGGUAUAAUUACAUUUAUUUUCUUUGUUCUCAUACAAAUUCGAGUUCAUGGAGCCUAUUCAAAAGGUGUUCAAUUUAAUAAUAAUUCAGUGUCCAGUUAUUGUCAACCGACAGUCCUGCGUGAUGCUUUAGUUGUGAUUAUCCUUACAUAUAUCAAUAUGCUUUUAUUCAUUGGUACUGUUACAUUUAUUGUUGUUCAGACACGAAAUAAACUAGAAGAAGAAAAACAAGCUGAUAUUGAAACGGCGAAGGAUAAUAUGGGUUAUAAAUUUUACGAAGUAACACAACAACAAUAA